GCCCUAGUGUUGCAGACGAUAUUUACGGUGGCAAAAAAAAUUCAAGCAAGUGAAGCGACGAAACCAUGGCAUCAACGUUAGAUUCAUAUGUCAAUCGUGCGGUAUGUGUAAUUACAGGGGAUGGAAGAAAUUUUAUUGGUAUUCUUAAAGGAUUUGAUCAAACCAUUAACCUGAUUAUUGAUGACAGCCAUGAGCGAGUGUUUAGCUCUAGUCAAGGAGUUGAGCAAGUCCAGCUAGGCCUACACAUCAUCAGAGGAGACAAUGUAGUCCUUAUUGGGGAGAUUGAUAAUGAAUUAGACUCCAGACUCAAUUUAUCAGAAAUACGAGCAGAACCAUUAGCUCAGAUCCAUCAUUAAACUUUGCAUUGCACCAUCAUGAUCACUUCAAAUACAAUUUUUUUUUUUUUA